GUCGCCUCUCUUCUUCUCCCCUGUUCGCCUUGUGCGCCUGGUCCUCCGCAGCCAGCCAAGAUGGUAAGGCGUCGGGAGAUCACGCACCACACACGCAGAUCAAGGGGUGCAGAGGUGUGAGGGGUGAGGUGAUUCAGUAGAGAGAUCUGGGGCAGAUGUGGCCGGGGAAGGGUGCAGCGACACACAUGCCGCCGUUUGUCUCACCCUGUGUCUCAAUCGACGAUAGAGAGUCGAAGCACAGAACGGGGGGGGGUCGGGCAGUAGGGUAGACAGCGGGCGAGGGGUGUGUGUGUCGAGCGGCUGGAGGCUCUGCUCUGCACUGUUGUCCGAGCCGCAUCCGUGUCGGUUGCCUUGCCUCGUGAACCCUUUCUCUCCUCUGGUGUGUGAUGUGACUGACUGACCUUCAGGUGAACUUCACAGUGGAUCAGCUCCGGGAGAUUAUGGACAAGCCGAAGAACAUUCGGUGUCUGUCCGUCAUUGCUCAGUAAGCCUCCCACCCACGCGCCCACACACCGCUGCCUAGCUGCGUGCCUCUCAGCGGGCAAUUUUGUUAUGCGUGUCUCACGUCCUCCCUUCCACUGACUCGCUGUGUGUGUGUUUAGUGUUGACCACGGCAAGUCGACGCUGACGGACUCGUUGGUGAGCAAGGCCGGUAUCAUAGCUUCCAAGGCUGCCGGCGAUGCUCGCUUCACCGACACGCGAGCCGACGAGCAGGAGCGUUGCAUCACCAUCAAGUCCACCGGCAUCUCACUCUACUUCGAGGCCGACAUUGAGGACGGACGCGGCGUCACGCCUUUCCUUAUCAAGUAUGUCAGUCUGUGUGGGGGGAAAAGCUAACACCACAGCCUGACAGACAGACAGCCAGAGAGCCAGGCACUGACUGACUGAUUGUAUGUAUCUGUGUUGUCUGUCAGUCUGAUCGAUUCUCCGGGCCACGUGGACUUUUCGUCUGAGGUGACGGCAGCGCUGCGUGUGACUGACGGUGCGCUGGUGGUGGUGGACACCAUCGAGGGCGUGUGCGUCCAGACCGAGACCGUCCUGCGCCAGGCGCUGCAGGAGCGUAUCCGACCUGUCCUACACGUCAACAAAGUCGACAGAGCACUCCUCGAACUCCAAAUGGACGGAGAGGAAAUCUUCCAGGUCAGUCAGUCAGUCAGUGAGUCGCCCUCCCCACCUACCACAUACACAGACAGACAGACAGCGGGGCGGCCCCUGCGGUCGAUGGGAUGGGUGCAGCCAGACGGGCACACGUGGAUUGGAUGUGUGUUGCACUGACUGCAGACGUUCCAGCGGACGAUUGAGAACGUCAAUGUGGUGAUCGCCACCUACAAGGACGAGCUCAUGGGAGAUGUCCAGGUCUACCCUGAGAAGGUACGGUGGACCCACAGCACUCACUCACUACACGUCCGUCCAUACACAACUAUGCAUAGCAGGCACACACUUUGAGGGAGGCGGGUCGGGUCAUUCAAUUGAAUGUGUCUGUCUUGUCUUGUGUGUGCGGCAUGGCAUGGCAUGUCUAUAUCUGUUGCCACCCACCGAUCAAUGAAAUAAUCGAUAGGGUACCGUGAGUUUCGGUUCGGGUCUGCACGGUUGGGCCUUCACGGUCGAGUUGUUCGCCAAGAUAUACGCCAAGAAAUUCGGGGUCGAGAAGGAAAAGAUGAUGCAGGUAUGUGUGUAUGUCAUGUACGUAUGUAUCGAUGUGGGUGGGCGUGGAGGGGGGCAGGGCAGGGCAGGGCAGCUGAGCACAGCGAGCCCUCAGACACGACACGCACACGCCACUAGGCCACACGCAGAAUGGCCACACCACCCACCCACCCACCGGCAUUGCCUGAUUGUAUGUAUUGUACGUGGUGUGUGGCCGUGUUGAUUGGUUGAUGGAUGGACGGCAGCGUUUGUGGGGCGACAAUUACUUCAACGGCAAGACCAAGAAGUGGGUCAAGAGCUCUGAGGCCGAAGGCGCCACUCUCCGUCGCGCAUUCUGCCAGUUCAUCAUGGACCCCAUCUGCCAACUCUUCACCAGGUCGGUAACCUAACCCAGAUACAUACAUAGAUGUGAUGAUACACACUUUCACACACGCACAAACACGCGUCUGCGCGAGGGGGGGCAGGAAAGGAAAGGCACACAUUCAUUCGUCCGGUGGGUCUGUGUGUUUCCUCUCUGCCUGGCCUGUGGUGUGUGUGUGGUGUGCCUGCCUGGCUGCAGCAUCAUGAACGACGACAAGGACAAGUACACCAAGAUGCUCGACCAACUGGGAGUCAACCUCAAAUGUAUGUAACAGACACAUACUCCGCACGCCUGCCAUACACACACAGACCAACCACAAUGGUGUGUGUGUGUGUGUGUGUGUGUAGCGGAGGACAAACAGUUGACGGGCAAGCCGCUGCUGAAGCGUGUGAUGCAGGUGUGGAUCAACGCUGGCGACACGCUGCUGACGAUGAUCGUGACCCACCUGCCGUCGCCCGUGGUGGCACAGAAGUACCGCGUCGCCAAUCUCUACGAGGGACCCAUGGACGACGAGGCCGCAAACGGCAUCAGGUAGGUACCUAUGCUGCUGGAUGGGGCCACAGACAGACAGACAGACAGACCUGCAGAGAGCCAGGCAGGCAGGGAGAGACGGGCAUUCAAUGUAUGUUGGUCAAUCGCUCCAUCAAUGUCCGUCUGUCUGUGUGUCUGUCUGUCUGUGUGUGUGUGUGUGUGUCCACAAUCAGGAAUUGCGACCCGAACGGCCCUUUGAUGAUGUACGUGUCCAAGAUGGUGCCGACGUCGGACAAGGGUCGGUUCUACGCCUUCGGUCGCGUGUUCUCGGGCACGAUAGCGACGGGUCAGAAGGUCCGCAUCCAGGGCCCACACUAUGUGCCGGGCGGCAAGGAGGACCUCGUCGUCAAGAACAUCCAAAGAACCGUACUCAUGAUGGGCAGAUACAUCGAACAGGUACGUCAAAACGACUCACUCACCCACUCACACGCAGGCAGACAGGUGCGCACACAGGCAGGCCGGAAUACACGUGUGUGUGUGUGGGUGGGGUGUGUGUGCAGGUGCAGGAUGUUCCCUGCGGCAACACCGUCGGUCUUGUCGGCGUCGACCAGUAAGCCAAGCCGGGCACGGCACGCCGCACCGCACCACCCCCUUGAUUGAUAUGACAUCCCUCCCUCCCUCCCUGUCCCCUCCCUGUCUCCCGCCGACAGGUACAUCCUCAAGUCUGGGACCAUCACGACAUACGAGCAUGCGCACAACAUCGCCGACAUGAAGUACAGCGUGUCGCCUGUGGUGCGUGUGGCCGUCAAGCCCAAGGACCAGAAGGAGCUGCCCAAGCUGGUCGAGGGCCUCAAGCGACUCUCAAAGUCCGACCCACUCGUCGUCUGCUCCGUCGAGGAAUCAGGAGAACACAUCGUCGCAGGUAGGUACGGUAGUGUUCACACACAAGACGACAAAAAGGGCAGACACGACAGACAGACAGACAGACAGACACCGGAGGGAGGCGGGCAGGCGGGCCUUCGAUCGACAAAUGCCAUCCAUUCAUGCAUACGUACGUGCGGUAAAUGAUGCGUGUGCAGGGUGCGGUGAGCUGCACAUCGAGAUUUGCCUCAAGGACCUGAAGGAUGAGUACGCCCAGAUCGACUUCAUCGUGUCGGACCCCGUCGUGUCAUACCGCGAGACGGUCGCCGAGACUUCAAGCCAGACGUGCCUCUCCAAGUCACCCAACAAACACAACCGACUCUACUGCACGGUGGGCGACCGUCGGGAGGGAGGGAGCAGCACAUUGCCCAGGACAUACGUGUGUGGUAUGGUGUGGUGUGCGCGUGGACAUGAAGGCUGAGCCGUUCCCGGAUGGUUUGGCGGACGAGAUCGACAAGGGCAGCAUCUCGGCUCGCGAUGACCCCAAGGAGCGAGCCAAGGUGCUCUCGGACAAAUACGACUGGGUAAGAUCGUACGUACAUAUGGCAUUGCAACGAAGGAACGAAGCAGGACAGCAAUGAAGCACAAGCCGGGCUUGAUUAUCACGACCCUGUCUCUUACUUGUCUGCCUAUCGGUCACGCCAGGACAAGAACGAUGCCCUCAAGAUCUGGUGCUUCGGACCCGAGACGACUGGCGCCAAUGUCCUCAUCGAUCAGACAAAGGGUGGGAGGGCGGGCGCACCCAGGAAGCCAGGCAGGAGCGAGAGAGGGAGUCAAGGAGGGAGGGAGGGAGUGAAGGAAGGAAGGAGGGAGGGAGGGAAUACAGAGAAGAUAGCCAAGACACUGUGUGUGUGUGUGUGUGUGAAGGUAUUGCCUAUUUGAAUGAGAUCAAGGACCACUGCAACAGCGCGAUCCAGUGGGCGACCAAGGAGGGUGUGCUGUGCGAGGAGAACAUGCGCGGCAUCCGAUUUAACAUCCUCGAUGUCGUUCUGCACACUGACGCCAUCCACAGGUACGUUCACACGCACGGGUCUCCAUAGGCACGCACGACACAACGAAUCACUAACCCUGCUCUGAAUACACGGUCCUCGCCUGCCGUCUCUGCCCGCCUGCCUGUCUGGCUGGCUGGCUGGCUGUGUGUGUGUGUGUGUGUGUCAGGGGUGCGGGUCAGAUCACGCCCACUAUGCGUCGUGUGUGUUACGCUGCUGAGUUGACGGCAGCUCCGCGUCUGCUGGAGCCCAUCUUCCUUGUCGACAUUACAUGCCCACAGGUGCGUACGCUGCGCAGGCAUCCCAUCCGCACCCUCAGGCCAGGCCGGGCCCACUGCAUGCCAUGUAUAUGUCUCUCUCUGCGCUGCAAUGCAAUACCGAUCCGCAUCACGCAUGCAUGUAUGUGUGUAUUACUGUGUUUGAUGUGUAUCGACUGACUGACUGACUCCCCAGGACGCGGUUGGUGGUAUCUACGGCACUCUCAACCAGCGUCGUGGCCAUGUCUUCUACGAGGAGCAGCGAACCGGCACACCACUCAUCGAAAUCAAGGCAUACCUCCCAGUCGCUGAGUCAUUCGGUCAGAACAUACACACACAGGUCUUGUCAGUCAGCCACUGUCCCAUCUGCGGCGCGGCCUGUGUCGUGCCGUCUGUCUGUCUGUCUGUCUACAGGUUUCACGACGGCGUUGCGUGCGGCGACGAGUGGCCAGGCGUUCCCGCAGUGUGUGUUCGACCACUGGGCCAUCCUGCAGGGUGACCCGCUCGACAAGGGCGGCAAGACGGAGGAGCUCGUCAAGAACAUCCGCAAACGCAAGAACAUCAAGGAGGACAUCCCCACACUCGACAACUACCUGGACAAACUCUAAUGCACUCACGCUGGUCAACCAGCGGGCAGUCCACAUGGAUGGGGACUGACUGACUGACACACACCACAUACAUUCAGUGUAUUCAUUCAUUCAUUCAUUCAUACGCACAGGGGCUCAAGCGCAGGGAAGGUCGAUGCAGACAGACAGACAGACAGAGGCCGGCAGAGGGUUCGAUCAUGCAGGAAUAUAUAUGUGUGGGUGUAUGUUUGUUUGCUUGCGUUUCUGGAUGGACUGAUGGGAGUUUCAAGUGUUUUGCCACUCAUGUGCGUGUCUGGGUUUGUCGAAUUUUGAACGAACUGACUGGAGAGAAUUAAGCAUUGCAUUCGUUCCGAGCUCGUCGGGACGAAGACUGAGUAUGUGAUGUGCAUGUCUCCGUGUGCGUGUGCGUGUGAGUGAGUGUGUGUGUGUGUGUGUGUGCUGCCGUGGUGGAAGUCCUGUUGAUGCAAUCAAUGAAUGUUGUGUCGUGCUUCAUUUAUCGGAACACGUGGGGGAUUGCAUACAUACAUCAAUACGCGUGGGACGCAAUGCCACUACGAGUCCAUCCGUUUGUUCAUUCAUUCAUCAUGUCCACCCACCUCUCAUCCGUACGUCCAUUCCUUUGUACCCACGUUAUCGUUCAUGCCAGCCCCAUGCUGGUUUAACUACCGGAAAUACACGGCGUCCUCACAUUACAGAGGUCUGUCGGUCAAGCAGCAGUCUUCACACUGUCACUUAGCUCGGCACUUCAAGGGCAG